AUGGAGAAGAAAAUAUCCAACCGAACCACUGUGACCGAGUUCCUUCUCCUGGGAUUCUCUGACAUUCGGGAGCUGCAGAUUUUGCACUUUGUGGUAUUUCUGGUGCUUUACCUGGCAGCCCUGGUGGGGAAUCUUCUCAUUAUCACAGCUGUAGCCUUUGACCAUCACCUUCACACCCCCAUGUAUUUCUUCCUGACCAAUUUGUCCAUUCUAGACAUUGGCUCCAUUUCUGUCCCAGUCACCAAAUCCUUGGCCAACUCCCUCAUGAACACCAGGUCAAUUUCCUAUUCCGGAUGUGUGGCACAUGUCUUUUUCUUUAUAUUCUUUACUUCAACAGGUUUUGCCUUACUUACCAUGAUGGCGUAUGACCGAUAUGUCGCCAUCUGCCAACCAUUGCACUAUGAGAGAGUGAUGAACAGGAGAGCUUGCAUCCAGAUGGCAGCCAGUGCCUGGAUGAGUAUUUUUGUCUACUCUGUACUGCACACUGGGAACACAUUUGCAAUAUCUUUCUGUGGAGGCAACACAGUGGAUCAGUUUUUCUGUGAAAUCCCCCAGCUCCUCAAGCUCGCCUGCUCUGACUCAUACCUCAGUGAAGUUGGGGCUAGUGCCUUUAGUGUGUGCUUAGGCUUAAGCUUCUUUGUUUUUAUAGUUGUGUCAUAUGUUCAGAUCUUCACCAGAGUACUGAAAAUACCCUCUGAGCAGGGCCGGCAUAAAGCUCUAUCCACCUGCCUCCCUCACCUCAUUGUGGUCUCAUUGUUCUUUUUCACUGUAGCCUUUGCCUACCUGAAACCCAUCUACAGCUCAACAUCAGGUCUGGAUCUCAUGGUGGCUGUUCUCUAUUCUGUGGUGCCUCCAAUGAUGAAUCCGAUCAUCUAUAGCAUGAGGAAUAAGGAGAUCAAAGCUGCACUGAAGAAACUGAUAGGGGGGAAGUUAUUCACCAAAACCAAAAUAUCCAUCUUUGAUCAUGAUUUCUUUUGGUGUUUCUUUUCAAAUAUAAUCAAAUGA